AUGAGAAAAAAACUAACACUUUCACAAGAAAAAUAUUUUUUACCUAAAAGGACCAAGCCCUCAUUAUCAAUUGUAAAUCCUUUGGAUGUUCUUCGCCAACGCGUUAUGCUGGAGAUGGCAAGAAGACAAAGAGAAAAUUCAAACAAACAGGCGGAAAUUAAUAAAGAAAUUCUUAAAAGCAUUGGAAAACGCGGCAAUUCUAUUGAUAACAAUGACAUUGAAGAAUAUUUGAGAAAUCGAUAUGAUCCGGCACGACUUUACAAACCAUUAUAUAACUCGAAAAACUCCGUUAUAGAGAACUUCCCACCAUUAAAACAACGCUCAGGAAAUUCUGUCAUCACCAAUCAAAGUACAAAAUUUGGAGAAGAAGAAGAAAAUGAGGAAUCAGGUGAAGCAGCUGUAAAUGGUUUGGGUAAUGGCAAGGCCUAUAUUAUAAACGAUUCAAAUAAUAACGUCAUUGAUGACGAUAAUUCUCAGCUAAAAUAUGUUUACAGUUUUUACAAAAACAGACUGUCAAGCAUAAUCUAAGUAAUUAUAGAAAAUGUUAAAAUUGUAGAUCACCGAAACCCUUUAUUAAAACA